CUCUGGUGGGAAGAAAGAGAGACGAUGCCUCGCACCGCUCCCAGGCCCUCCCCCCCGCAGCACCGCAUCAGCUGUCGGCCGGAGGGAAGCGACGGCGCCGCCUCCCAGCGGUGCACCUCCCACGACGUCCCGGACGCGGUGGCGCGUCACCACGAGCACUUCGUGGGCCCCCAGCAAUGCUGCUCGGUGGUGGUGCAGCCCAUCGCCGCCCCCGUUGAUACCGUUUGGUCGGUGGUCCGCCGCUUCGACCAGCCGCAGGUCUACAAGCGCUUCGUCAAGAGCUGCGACGUCCUCGACGGCGACGGCGACGUCGGCACCCUCCGGGAGGUCCGCGUCGUCUCCGGCCUCCCAGCGGUCACCAGCCGCGAGCGCCUCGAGAUCCUCGACGACGAGCGCCACGUCCUCAGCUUCCGGGUCGUCGGCGGCGAGCACCGCCUCAACAACUACCGCUCCGUCACCACCCUCCACCCCGCGCCUUCCCCGCCCGCCGCCGCCGCCAACGAGCACACGGUGGUCGUCGAGUCCUACGUCGUCGACAUCCCCGACGGGAACACGAGGGACGACACCCGCGUCUUCGUCGACACCAUCGUCCGUCUCAACCUCCGCUCGCUGGCCCGGACGGCCGAGAACCUCGCCGCUAACAACGGAGGGGCACCGGCGUAAUUAUCUCUGAACCUCGAUGUCGUUUUCUUCUUCCCCGUUUUCCGCCACCCUGCACCCACUUGGAAGGAGACGACGAUGGCGAUGACUAGAAAAGAGUACUGCUGAGCUCAUCGGAACAAAAUUCCAAGCGUCAUAUAGUUUAUCAAUAUCUUCUAUUUUUC